AUGUUGACACUUGUGGUUGGUGGCGGUUGCGAGGAGUGGCAGUUCGGUCACGUAUUGCCGUGUCUCAAGGACGUUCUAUAUGGCAUUAACGGUACCUACAACAUCUUGGCUGGGACAGACACCGAAACCGUUAAAACAUUCUGCAGUGAUGGGUCUACCAAUAGGACGGUGUCAUGUUUGGAAAACUUGUACCAAGAGUGCGGGCAACAUAACGGUCUUCUGAACAUAGCUCAGCCUCAAACAUGGCGAAACACGUUUACAGGACUGUGCAGUAAUCUCUCAUCACACGCGAUUUACAGUGACUGCAUUGUACAACAAAGAGACACUGUUCGGCAUUGUUUACACAACAACGACGAGCUUCUCCAGCGACUCCUUAAAAAGCAUACAGACACCACCCAAACAUUCGUCAUGAAAAUAUGCAGCUACUUUAAAGGUAUACAUAUAUGUACCGUGAACCCAGUGCGAGACGUGGACACCACCCCUUCUGACACCGCCAACCCACCACGCCCCUGGCUAGGGUUGCCGUAUUGGCCGGCGACCUUCAAUCCUUUUCAGUACCUUGGAAUACGUGUCCGGGCUGUUGGGAGGAAGCCGAUCCGGCCAUAUUACACAAGAAUUAAUAGUACAAAGACCCGGAACGAGAUAGAUGCUGUGUAUUGCCACCUUAUUGACGAACAGAGCCGGGACAGCGGUCCCAUUGUGAUAUUAGAUGUGUGA